UCGUAUUUGCACUUAGAAUCAGAUCUUGUAUACGAUAAUUCGUCACUGAGGGGGAUCAGUUAAUGAGACAGUAGUGUAUUUAACAAAUGAAUAUGUUCAAUAAAACAAAUAAAUUUCAAGGUACUGUCAACGAAGAAAUCUGUACAACUGAUGAAAAAUGCUGGCUCGAUAAAUUAGUUGCUGUUGAUAAGGAUCAUACCAGAGAAGCUGGUUUACAUAUAAAUGAAAUUGAAAGACUUUUAAACGACAUUGAUACAUAUACACGCACAAAACCUCGACGCGGUUGUCCCGUUGAUUCCGUUAAAGUAAGUCUUUUAUACAACAAACGAUUGCGGGAUACUAAUACGUUAAAACUUGCUGGAUCUGGCGGACGAUCCAGAUGUGGGAGUGCAGAUACUGCAGCGUAUUCGCCCGAAACAAUCGCGGUGUCAGAUUGUUUAAAAGCAAAUAAGGGAAAUACGUUAAUUUGUGAAAUAGAAGUAGAAAGCUUUAAAAAGUGCAUCGAUAAAUCAUUGCAUGCUGCUGUUGAUAGAAAUAUGAAAGGUGUACGCAGAAGCAAGAAAGGAAGUUACUUGGAAGCAUUUGAAAGGAAAUAUCAGUUUUGAUUCUUUAAAAUAGAUAUAAACACUUGAAUAUCACACAUCGUACGUACAAUAUUAUUAAGUUUGCCAAGAAAUUUUUUAUGAAAUCGAAGUAUAUUAUAAAACAAAUAAUAAUAGGCAAAUAUUUGUUAACAACACAUAUGUAUAUUAUAAGUAAAUUAUUUAUUUCAGAUCGACACCGAAGUUGAAUAAGAUGGUUCCUAUUUGCUGUUGAGAGAAAUUUUUGUUAAUAAAUGAUUAAUAUAUAUGACAAACAAAUUCAAUUCUAGGACAGAAAAGUGCGUGCAUAGAACUUUGAAGUUUGAUAUGUACCAAAUAAAUAAGUGGUAGAAAAAG